UUCGAGCGUCGCAGCGGGCACAUCGAUUUGAUCCCCCACUUUCUGAACACGAUUCGAGCGAUUCAGUCCGAUCCGAACAACUAAAGUCUCGCAUUUAUUCGCGUGCGCGAGUGUCGAGUUUGAUACAAAUAUUGCAAGUGUUUUAAGUGAGGAGGAGAAUCCGAAACUCUCGAGCCAAGAUGACGGUGGACCUAUCGCCCGUGCAGGAGUACUACAAGGACAAGACGAUCUUCAUCACCGGGGCGUCCGGGUUCAUGGGCAAGGUGCUGCUGGAGAAGCUGCUCUACUCCUGCCACUCGCUCAAGGAGGUGAUCAUCAUCUGCCGGCCGAAGCGCGGCAAGGCACCCGAGACGCGGCUGGAGGAGAUGUUCAAGCUGCCCAUCUUCCAGCGCAUCAAGGACGAGCGACCGGAGAUGCUCAAGAAGGUGACCAUCUACCAGGGCGACGUGACCUUUGACCAGCUGGGCCUCAGCGGCGAGAGCCUCAAGCACGUGACCGAGAGCACCAACAUCGUGUUCCACAUGGCGGCCACCCUCAAGCUGGAGGGCAACCUCCGGGACGCCAUCGACAUGAACCUGCUGGGCACCCGGCGCGCCCUCAACGUGGCCAAGGAGAUGAAGCAGCUGGAGGCCUUCAUCCACCUGUCGACGGCCUUCUGCAACUGCGACCAGGAGGUGAUGUACGAGAAGGUGUACGAGUUCCCGCACAAGCCCGAGGACCUCAUGCGCCUGGCCGAGUGGAUGGACGUGAAGACCCUGGACGCGAUCACCCCGGACCUGCUGAAGCCGCACCCGAACACCUACACCUACUCGAAGCGGCUGGCGGAGCUGCUGGUGCGCGACCACUACGAGUCCAUGCCCGUCAUCAUCGCCCGUCCCAGCAUCGUCUCCCCGGCUGCCUACGAGCCGCUGCCCGGAUGGGUGGACAACCUGAACGGACCCACCGGCCUGAUGAUCGGCUGCGGCAAGGGCGUCAUCCGGUCCGUGCUGGUCAACCAGAAGAACAAGGCCGAGGUGAUACCCGUGGACUACGCCAUCAACGGGCUGCUCGUCAUCCCCUACGAGUUCAACAAGCAGGCCAAGCGCCCGGCCAACGUGCCCGUGUACAACAUCACGAACGCGGACCACCGCAAGAUGCCCAUGGGCACCGUGGUCGAGAUGAGCAAGCGCAUCAACAAGCAGGUCCCGUUCAACGCCGGCCUCUGGUACCCGGACCCCUGCGUGACCACCAACCACUACUACCACAGCUUCAACGUGGCCCUGUUCCACUGGCUGCCCGCCUACUUCCUGGACUUCCUCAUGCUGAUCCUUGGCCAGAAGCGAUUCAUGCUGAGGGUGCAGGAGAAGAUCUCCACUGGGCUGGGGGUCCUGCAGUUCUUCACGCUGAACGCCUGGUGCUUCCGGUCCGACAACUACGCCUCGCUCUGGGACAAGCUCAACGAGGAGGACAAGGCGAUCUUCAACAUGAACAUGAACACCACGGACACCGAGGAGGAGUACAUGAUCGAGUGCGCCAAGGGCGCGCGCAAGUUUAUUCUCAAAGAGAAGGACGAGGACAUUCCCAGGGCCCGCGUGCACAUGAAGAUCCAAUGGGUCGUGGACGUCGUGUGCAAGACGCUCAUCGUGGGUCUGUUCCUCUACUACCUCCUCAAGUGGACGGGGGUGCUGGCCCUGUUCUGAGCUCCCAGUUCCAGUUCACGGCGGACUCGCACUGGUUUGGUGGUCACAGGCAUUUAGUUAAUCCUAGCUUAGUUUUAGUUACGCAUAUUCGAGGUUUUGAAUCCAAAUAAAAAACGAUCAUAGGUUGCUGAACACAUGA